AUGAUGUAUAGACUCUUCUUGGCAAUUUCAUUGUUAUUCAUUGAAAAUAUUGGAGAGCCAACAGGUGAUCGUCUUCAUGAAUGUUAUAAUUGUCCAGGUAGCACUCCAAACUGUAACGAUGUAUGCGAAGGGCGAUACUGCUACAAAGCGGAAUUUAUUGCCGAUGGUUAUACAACAGUGAAACGUGGUUGUCUAAAUGAGACGGAUGGUGGUAUUCAAAUUGGUUUAUGCGAGGAAACACCAUCCAGUUUACCAGGAUCAGAUCUUCGUGCCGUUGAACGAAUGUGUGUUUGUACAACAGAUAAGUGUAACUUAGCUUCUACUCAUUCUGCUUUCAUUAAUUUAUUUGUCGCCGUCAUUUUAUUAUUCGUAUUUUGUAAUCUAUGA